AUGCUCGACGUCAACGAUUUCAUUACGGAGCGCGGAGGAGAUCCAGGCCGCAUCAGAGAGUCGCAGCGUCGCCGUUUCGCCGACGAGGGAAUAGUCGAUCAAGUUAUUGCUUUAUUUGAGGAUCACCGAAAGACUCAGUACGGUGCCUCGCAAAUCAGCAGCAAGAUCAAUGAGGUGCAAAAGCUGAUUGGAGCCAAAAAGAAGGUACAUUUGUCUGUAAUGAUUUGUUCCGUCGGCAUUCCUGAAACACUAACCGGUUGCUCAAUGAAGGCCAAAGAAGACGCGUCCGAUCUGCUACAGCAGAAGAUCGAGCUAGAAAAGGAAAAAAAGCUUACCGCCGAGUCUGCAGCGCAGAAGGAAAGGCUUCUCCGAGCAAAAAUUUCGACCGUCGGAAACAUUGUCGACGACAGCGUACCCGUGAGCAACAACGAGGACGACAAUGCCGUGCAACGAACUUGGGCACCGGAAGGCGUUGCCAUCGAGAAACGUAAUGUGCUCUCUCACCAUGAAGUGCUCCUUCGCCUUGAUGGCUACGACCCAGAUCGUGGCGUCAAGGUCGUCGGCCAUCGCGGCUACUUCUUGCGACAGUGGGGUGUGUUCCUCAACCAAGCACUCAUCAACUACGGACUUGAGUUUCUCUCCAAGCGGGGAUACUGCCCUCUGCAGGCCCCCCAAUUUAUGCUGAAGGAAUACAUGGCCAAGACUGCUCAGCUGGACGAUUUCGAUGAGCAGCUCUACAAGGUUCUCGAUGGAGACGAGGCAAACGACAAAUAUCUCAUUGCCACCUCCGAACAGCCAAUCUCGGCCUUCCACGCCGAUGAAUGGCUCAUCGCCAAGGAUUUACCUAUCAAGUAUAUUGUUAUUUCGACUAUGAUUAUCUCGAACGAUCCAGUAACAGUCUCUUUAGGUAUGCCGGCUAUAGUACCUGCUAUAGGCGAGAGGCUGGCUCUCAUGGGCGAGAUGCGUGGGCUAAACAAGACACAGGUUGAGCAAUUUGUCCUUACUGACCCGGAGAAAUCCUGGGAAGCUUUUGAGGAGAUGAUUGGUGUUUCUGAGGAGUUCUACCAGUCCCUGGGACUUCCUUACCAGGUUAUCGCCAUCGUUUCCGGCGCGCUGAAUAAUGCUGCCGCCAAGAAAUUUGACCUCGAAGCUUGGUUCCCCCACCAAGGCGAAUACAAGGAACUGGUUUCUUGUUCAAACUGCACUGAUUACCAGUCGCGCGCCUUGGAUAUCCGUUUUGGUGCCAAGACUCAAACAGACACCAAGAAGAAAUAUGUUCACUGCCUGAACUCCACACUGUGCGCCACGACACGAACGCUAUGCUGUGUCCUGGAAAACUACCAGACCGAGGAUGGUAUUCGCGUUCCAGAGCCGCUUCGCAAAUAUCUCCCCGGCACCCCGGAGUUCAUCCCUUUCGCGCGUGAGCUACCCAAGGAAGCCGCUGGCAUCCAGAAGACCCUGCCGCAUCGAGCGAAGAAAUAG